UCAAAUUCUCCUGCUGAUCAGUCUUUUCAGCAAAAAUCAGAUCCUGAAAGUAUGCAGCGUCUAUACCUACAUGCUCUGCUCUUUUCUCUUCUGCUCGGCUUCCCUCCUCCUACAGGAGCCGAGGAAAGCUCUGGAGGCGAGGGGAGGGGGAAGCGGAGCUUACCUUACUGGGAUUUGUGGUCAUCAGAUUUCUACGGGUGGCUGGAGGAGCUGAGGGCCCAGUCGGCCUAUGACGGGGUCCGGGACCUGGCUCGGACCUUCUGGGCUCACUUUCCCAUCGCCAGCGAGUUGGGUUACGACAGUCCUGAGUCCGACCCUCAACCUGAGGAGUGA